UUAACCCGCAAGGCUGAAAGUUAAAAACAAGGGCCGAGUUGGAGCCGUCAAACGAACGGGCGUCAAAAAUACCCCUAGAAACUCUCUUCCAUUUCGGACAGAUCUUCUCGUAGCUUUCGAUUUCUUUUGCGGCGGAUUUCGAAUCAACUUCCUCCAGGUUCACUAUCUUUUCAUUGCAGAAGCAGAAUGGCUGCACAUAAGGUUGCUCACGCGACUUUGACAGGACCAAGUGUGGUGAAGGAGAUACUUAUUGGCAUCUCACUUGGCUUGGUAGCAGGUGGACUAUGGAAAAUGCAUCACUGGAAUGAGCAGAGGAAAACGAGAGCAUUCUAUGAUUUGCUAGAGAAAGGUGAGAUUAGCGUUGUUGCAGAAGAAUAACAAGGCGGUAUGGUUACUAUGGUAUCACUGUACUGAAUCCAAUUCAUGGUGUGUUUUAAUACUCAAUGUUCCUUUCCUGGCUCUUAAACUAUGUUUGAACUUUAAAUCAUAACUACUAUUAUUGUACUGAAUUCUCUGAAUUACAUUGCUGCUCGACAGUCUGGAGAGCCUAAAAGCUUUUCUGUUUUUUUGCUUGUUAUUGCAAUUUAUGGCUUCUGGACC